AUGGUGUCUCCUGGCCAGAUCCUCUACUUCGUCGUUCACCCCAAACAGCUGCGAUCCAUUAUUCAAUGGAAGACGUGGCACGAACCCGUCCACCGGCGCGAUGUCAAGAAGGAGACGCCUAGCGAGAAGGCCUGCUUCAAGUACCUCGACCUCACCUCGCGAAGCUUCUCCGCCGUCAUCCAGGAGCUCAACCCGGAGCUGCUGAUGCCCGUCACCAUCUUCUACCUCUGCUUGCGCGGCCUCGACACCAUUGAGGACGACAUGACCCUCGACAUCGAGAAGAAGGAGCCCCUGCUGCGGGACUUCCACAACAUCAUGGAGCAGGAUGGCUGGACCUUUACCGAGAGCGGCCCCAACGAGAAGGACCGCGAGCUGCUCGUCCACUUUGACGAGGUCAUUGUCGAGAUGAAGAAGGUCAAGCCCGCAUACUACGCCAUUAUCAAGGACAUCACCGACAAGAUGGGCAACGGCAUGGCUGACUACGCCCGCAACGCCGAGUUCAACGCCAAUGGCGUCGCCUUGGUCAAGGACUACGAGCUUUACUGCCACUACGUCGCUGGCCUUGUUGGCGACGGCCUGACCCGCCUUUUUGUCGAGUCGAAGCUGGCUAACCCCGUCCUGCUGACGAGGCCUGACCUGACCGAGUCCAUGGGUCAGUUCCUACAAAAGGUCAACAUUAUCCGCGACGUGCGCGAGGAUUGGGACGACGGCCGUCGCUUCUGGCCCAAGGAGACCUGGAGCCAGUAUGUUGACAACUGGGACGACCUGUUCAAGCCCGAGAACAGGCAAAAGGCCGUCUUCUGCCAGUCCGAGAUGGUCCUCAACGCGCUUAAGCAUGCCGAUGAGUGCCUCUUCUACAUGGCCGGCAUUCGCGACCAGUCCGUCUUCAACUUUGUCGCCAUCCCCCAGACCAUGGCCAUCGCCACCCUGGAGCUCGUCUUCCAGAACCCGGCCAUGUUUGACCGCAACAUCAAGAUUACAAAGGGCGACGCCUGCCAGCUCAUGAUCGAGUCCACCCAGAACCUGCGAAUCGUGUGCGACGUCUUCAGGCGGUACGCACGGAGGAUACACCAGAAGAAUGACCCCAAGGACCCCAACUACAUGGCCAUCAGCAUCCAGUGCGGCAAGAUCGAGCAAUUCAUCGAGUCCGUGUUCCCCACACAAGAUAUCAAGAAGAUCCACGCCGCGCAAAAGGCCAAGGACGGUUCAGGCGAGUCGUCUAUGGAUAUCGGCGAGGCCGCCAUGCUCAUCGGUGCUGUUUUGGCUGCCCUGCUACUCAUCGGUGGUAUGAUGAUCGGAGCUGCGUGGCUCCUCGGCGCCCAGUUCGACAAGCUCUUCUCCGAGAUGAAGGUACCCGGCACGCCCGACAUGCUUCCGCCAAAGAUCACCGCCGGCCACGACGAGUUGUAA